CGGGAGAAUGCAUUGAAGGACCCAGUAAAUUUGACAAUUCCCAUUUAUCGAGGAUGGAAAUUUGUCGUUUUAUUUGUGUCAGGUCGAAUCAAGGACUGUUCCCUUGGGGUCACGUCAACAGAAAGCUGAAUGCAUCAUGCCGGCGCUGGAUUCAGACGAAAUUGCCAGAUAAAUCACUAGGGGACCAUCACAACUUUCCGAAACACGUGCACAAAUCAGACGAUCUAUCACUCAUCAGAAACAUUGGCAUUAUGGCCCACAUAGACGCCGGCAAAACAACAACGACAGAGAGGAUGUUAUUCUACUCGGGCUUUACCAGGCAUUUAGGUGAUGUGGAUGAUGGGGAUACCGUGAUGGAUUACAUGGAACAAGAGAGAGCAAGAGGGAUAACUAUUACCUCAGCUGCCAUCACCUUCACCUGGAAGCACCAUAAGAUUAACCUGAUUGAUACGCCAGGCCAUGUAGACUUCACAUUUGAGGUAGAACGAUCACUUCGGGCCAUAGAUGGAGCAGUCACCAUACUGGAUGCAUCAGCAGGUGUUGAAGCUCAAACCCUGACUGUAUGGCGACAGGCCGAUCGCUAUGAUGUACCCAGAAUAAUUUACCUCAACAAAAUGGACAAGCCUGGUGCAAGCCUUGACCUUUGUCUGAUGUCAAUAAUGGAGAAGCUCAAGGUUACACCAUUACUGCUUCAACUUCCUGUGGGCUCGGAAAAACAUUUUCAAGGUAUUAUAGACUUAGUUACCAUGGAAACCUGCAUUUGGAGCAAAGGAAAUAUGGGAGAUGGAACAGAGUUCAAGCUAUCUCCUAUUGUCCAAUCAGCAGAUUCAUCAGUUUGGGAAAAAUGUAUAAAAGCAAGGACUUCUCUGAUUGGACAGCUUGCUGACAUGGAUGAUGGCAUAGCCGACCUAGUUCUCAAGGACGUGGCCGUGGAGAAUAUCCCUGUGUCUGAUCUUCUGUCUGCCUUAAAAAGGGUAACACUUGCCCGAAAGGGUGUCCCUGUCCUUCUGGGCAGCUCGCUAAAAAACAAAGGUGUCCAGCAUUUACUGGAUGGUGUCAAUCACUAUCUACCAUGUCCGUCUGAUAGACAUUAUCCAUUUGCAGAGUUAUAUGGAGAAGACCUCUGCGCACUUGCCUUUAAGAUAACUCAUGAGAAACAGAGAGGUGCUCUGAUAUUUUUGAGGCUUUACUCAGGAAGUUUAAAGACUGGUUCCUCAAUUUACAACGUGACGAGAAAGACUUCAGAAAAAGUGACACGUCUCCUGCAGGUGUAUGCUGAUAUGCAUAAAGACAUUAAUCAUAUUCAUGCUGGUAACAUUGUCUGUGUUACAGGAUUAAAACAGACUGUCACUGGUGACCUUUUGACCAGCAGUCACACUUCCUACAAGAAAGCAGUGGAGAGUUAUGGAAAGCAAAAUAUUGACAAUUUACCUGGCAGAUCUGCUGAAAGCUCCAGCCAUGAUGACCAAGGUGAUGAAGAGCAUGAAGAUAAUCACUUUUUUUCUGCCCAGCUGACUGUUCCUGAUCCCGUAUUUUUCUGUUCCAUAGAACCUCCAAGCAUGGCAUUUCAGAAAGACCUGGAUAUUGCUCUGGAGAAUUUACAGAGAGAGGACAACAGCUUACAUGUAAGUGUAGACAAAGAUACAGGACAAACAAUCCUAGCUGGAAUGGGAGAGCUCCACAUGGAGGUAAUAAAAGAACGCAUUCUCAAAGAAUACGGUAUUGAGGUGGAAAUGGGACCGCUCCAGGUAGCGUACAAGGAAACGAUCACGGAAAGUUCUGAAGUGACAGAGAGGCUGGACAAGACCCUGGGCGACAGACACCAUUUUGUGUCCAUGACCUUGUCGGUACAUCCUAAUCAAACUGGUCAAGAUUUCAAGGCCGUAGAGCUGAGGCACAGCCGAGAAAAUAACCUUGAGGCUAUCCGACAUCAUCACUUACAGGCUGUUAACAGCGGCAUCAAAAUGGGACUCUGUGCUGGACCUAUCUUAAGCUUCCCAGUGUGUGGACUCGGUGUAUAUCUCCACAGUUUGGAGAUCCAGCCAGGCACAUCCAUGGCUAUGAUAUCAGCAUGUGCUUCUCAGGCUGUCCACAAAGCCGUUCACAGUGCAGCUGCUGUCCUUUUGGAACCCACGAUGCAUUUGGAGAUCACUACAGACGAAGACUAUUUACAUUUUGUUAUGAGUGACCUGGCUCAGAGAAGAAGUCAUAUCCAAGGUGUUGAAGCUCGAGAGCAAGUCCGUGUUGUCAAAGCGAUAACUCCAUUGUCUGAGAUGAUGGGAUAUUCCACAGUGUUACGAUCCAUCACAUCAGGAACGGCUUUCUUUUCCAUGGAACUAGCACAGUAUGAAGUCAUGUCACUCUCCGAACAGAACAAAGUGUUGCAAAAGCUCACUGGAUUUUUGCCGUCUUGAGAUGGCAUGGUAUUUAUCUGCACUAAAGCUGUUCCUUUUUAUAAAAAUGAUAAAAAUAAUUACAAAUUAUAGUCAUUUCGACAAACUUGUUAUGAUCUCUGUACCUGUGUAAUACCUGAAAAGUGCAUACCUGAACUUUUAUGAGUGCUAUUAAAGGUGUUUGUAUUCAUUUCA